UUCAGGGCGGAAGUUACGUCAUGCAUCAGCUUAGCGCAAACAUGGCGGCGUCCGUGCUGAGACUCGGCAGAUCUCUAGGGCGGAAAGUGAUUAGCGGCGUGACAGACAGGUCACAGCAAAUACAGUUCGGUAUAAAGAAAUACCGAUCUACCCAGCCAGCGACACAGGCAAUACUGAAUGUCCCAGAGACUAAGGUAACCACAUUAGAAAAUGGCCUUCGAGUUGCCUCUGAAGACUCUGGAAUUUCUACCUGUACGGUUGGUAUGUGGAUUGAUGCUGGAAGCAGAUAUGAAAAUCAGAUGAAUAAUGGGACUGCCCAUUUCCUGGAGCACAUGGCAUUUAAGGGAACCAAAAAACGUUCCCAACUGGACCUGGAGCUUGAAAUAGAAAACAUGGGUGCUCACCUGAAUGCAUAUACAUCAAGAGAACAGACUGUGUAUUAUGCGAAGGCUUUUUCCAAAGAUCUGCCUAGAGCUGUGGAGAUCCUUGCUGACAUUAUACAGAACAGCACCUUGGGUGCUGCUGAGAUUGAACGUGAAAGAGGAGUCAUCCUACGUGAGAUGCAAGAAGUAGAGACUAAUCUACAGGAAGUGGUCUUUGACUACCUACAUGCAACUGCCUAUCACAACACUGCUCUGGGAAGAACUAUCCUGGGACCUACUGAAAACAUCAAAUCUAUAAACAGAAAUGACUUGGUUGAAUAUAUAACAACGCAUUAUAAAGGACCUAGGAUUGUUUUGGCUGCUGCCGGUGGUAUCUCACAUGAUGAGCUGCAUGACUUAGCCAAGUAUCAUUUUGGUAACCUGCCAGCAACCUAUGAAGGAGAGACUCUACCACCGUGCACUUUCACAGGCAGUGAGAUUCGUGUACGCGAUGAUAAAAUGCCACUUGCUCAUAUUGCUAUUUCUGUUGAAGCUGUUGGCUGGUCUCAUCCAGAUACAAUUCCACUCAUGGUGGCCAACACAUUGAUUGGCAACUGGGAUCGGUCCUUUGGAGGUGGCGUGAAUUUGUCCAGUAAGCUUGCCCAGAUUACAUGUCAUGGGAACUUGUGCCACAGCUUCCAGUCCUUCAAUACCUGUUACACAGACACUGGACUCUGGGGCCUGUACAUGGUUUGUGAGCCAAAUACAGUGGAAGAUAUGAUGCAUUUUGUACAAAGAGAAUGGAUAAGACUCUGCACAAGUGUUACAGAAGGGGAAGUUGCAAGAGCAAAAAACCUGCUGAAAACAAAUAUGUUGCUUCAGUUAGAUGGUUCAACCCCUAUCUGUGAAGACAUUGGCCGUCAAAUGUUGUGUUAUAACCGAAGAAUACCUUUGCCUGAACUGGAGGCAAGAAUAGACUUAAUUGAUGCCCAGACCAUAAGGGAUGUGUGUACCAAAUACAUUUAUAACAAGAAUCCAGCAAUAGCAGCAGUUGGGCCGAUUGGACAGCUCCCUGGAUACGACCGGAUUUGCAAUGGCAUGUACUGGCUUAGACAGUAAUCCGAGCCUGUCCACUAACAUUUAUAUUUUAAAAUCCCAUGUGAUUUGCAGGAGUUUUUUGUAAUAUAAGAAUGUUUCUAUGAGCCUUGUAGGUCUCGGUUUGUGUUAGAUGCUUAUUAGAAAGGUUUUCCGAGAUCAGCAAAAAUGUACCUUGAAAUAGCUAUUACUUCCCUGAUAAAUUCCUCCACCACCCUCUAGUGGAUCUACAUUGGUCUAAGUUUAGGCUGGUUUCACACGGCGUUGCGGGAAAAGGUGCGAUUUUUUCCGUGCGAGUGCAAAACAUUGUAAUGCGUCUUGCACGCAUGUGAGAAAAAUCUGCAUGUUUGGUACCCGAACUUCUUCA